AGCUACGGCUUUACGGCAGAAGUCCCCCACAUGGCUUCCAACUAGGCAGAAACGAGAGGGCGAAGUGUGAGUGGAAAUAACCCAAGACACCGAGGGAGGCAAUAGAGCGCCAGGUUACAGGACAGCCCGCAGUUUACAAAAUGGGUAAAAGUAAAACCACCAAGUUCAAACGUCCGCAGUUCAACGCGGUGGGGCUGCCGGUGAACGCUGUGAAGGAACCGCUCUCAGAGGAGGAAGACGACGAAGACAGCGGUCCGGCCGCGGAGCUGUUGGAAAAGUUGCAGAGUCCGAGCGCAGACGUGCGAGAGUUUGCGUGUGCCAGCAUCUCCCGGGUGGUGCAGCAGAGCCAGACCAUCCCCGGCUUCCUUCAGAGGGAUGCCGUGAAGCGCCUGGGUCCGCUGGUGCUGGACAGCAGCCUGGCUGUGAGGGAGACGGCGACUGGGGCACUCAGGAAUCUGAGUGUGUGCGGGGGUCAGGAGGUGUGCGAGGACAUGGUGAAGCACGACGUCAUGACCCCCCUGACAGCGCUACUCAGAGAGUGUUGUACCGGUUUUGACGGUGCCGCUGUAGCGACGCCAGACAAGAGCAACGCCGUCGAGGACGUCGCCAAUGAAGCUGUGAACCUGCUGUGGAACCUAUGUGAGAGCAGCAGCCAGGCGCUGUCCAUCUUCAACAGCUCGGGCCUCCUAGACGUGGUCGUCCAGUGUUUGGAGAGAUACCCCCACAACGUGGAGCUGGCCAUUUCUGCUGCCCACUGUUUGCACACUGUGACUGAGGACAACCCGGAGCUGCUGUGCAGCAUGAACGCGGCCGUGCUCGGGGCGCUGGAGGCCGUGCUGCUGUCCCCCCAGCCGGGCAUGGCGCACACCCUCCUACGGAUAUUAGCUGCCGGCACGCUGUGGAACACCAAGGGCAGCCUGCCCGCCGGCCGGCAGGCCCAGACCCUCGGCGCCGUGGUCGCCACCUUGUCGCAGUGCCUCGCCCUGGACCCGGGGGUUCUGAUCCCCGAGCUCAAACAGGCCGAAGAGGCCCGUUACAGACGCGCACCGCCCACGGCGGACGAGGAGCAGCAGGCGGCGGUGGAGCCCGCCGAGGAGGAGAUGGACGAAGGGGAGGAGGCGGCCAAGAAGAGGAGGGGCGGGAAAGCCGCCCAGGCCGACGGCGACUUCUCCGACCUCCUUCCCAGGGGCAAGGAGGAGCUGAGGGAGGCAACGGCCUUGCUGACAGCCCAGCAAACGUCCCUGGAGAUCAUUGUCAACAUGUGCUGCUGUGACGACCCUUCCGAUGACGAGUGGGAGGAGGAGUCGAGCAGUGACGAAAGCGACAUGGGUCCCGAUGGCCUCUGUGAUGGAGUGUCCAAUCUGAUGUCUCCAUUAUGCCUGUCGGCUGAGGUUCAAGGGGCCUUGAUCAACCACAACAUACCCGAAAAGGCAAAUAGUUCUCAAAAAGACAGGGUUCCCCCCACCAGAAGCCAUAAAUGUGUGCCAAAAGAAUCCCUCCUGGAGGGGCCUGAAGAAGAGGUAAUGAUGCAGCGUGUUCAGUCCCGCGCCCUGACGUGCCUCCACAGCAUCCUGUCCACCAUGGAUGCGGAGUCUCUGGGGGGAGCAGCGGCCCUGCAGGAGGCAGCGCAGCACCUGUCCACGCUGGUCUUCAGCACCGCAGAAAUGCCCAAAGACGAGGAGUUCCUAGAAGCCGUCAUCAGCGCCAUGCGGUCUCUGCUGCAGACGAUGGCUUCCAAAAACAUGUCUCAGUGUAUGACCCCCCAGCAGCUGAUGAGCCUGAGCGAGGCCGCCACCCGCUGCGAUGUCGUCAGCGUGAGGGUGAACGCCGUGGCCAUCCUGGGCAUCACGGGCAGCACGCUGGCCAAAGAGAGGGGCAGCGCAGAAACCCUUCAGAUGAUUGGAAACGCCUUACUACAAGUUGCUACCAGGGAUGGCGAUCUGGUUGUAAACGGAGAAGCCCUUGACGCUUUAUUUGAUGUUUUUGCGGACGGAGAAGAGGCGGAGAGGGCUGCUAAAAACAUCCAGCUGCUGCCUGCACUUAAGGCACUUCAACCUGUCUUCAAAGCUAAGAUACGCAAGGAUGGCCGAGGUAAAUACAGCCCACAGCAGCUGUGCGUGCUGGACAACGUCAAAGUCAACCUGAGAAGAUUCAUUGGUUAUCUAGAAAAGGCGAUAAAAAAAUAAGGACUUUGUGAAUGACAGCAUGGUGGAGAAGGACCCAAUGUGAGACGUGGCUGUGGUUGUGAAACCAUCAAUUAUUUAUGUUUAUCUUCUUUAAAUAAUGGUUAACUGUUUUCUUUAGUGAGAGUGAAGAUUUAUUUGUUUUUAAGACAGAGGGAUGGACUCUAUUAAUUAAUUGGCUUUGACGUUAUACUGUAAUGGAAUCUUAUAAACAACAUUUUUGAGAUAUCAUUGUGAGGGUGUGACACUAGUUUUCCACAUUAGCCUUCAUUCUAACUCAUGUUUCAGUGGGCUUAGCAUUGAUGCCUGCGUUUGUGUUGAACUGAGGCUGACCUUUUGCACCACAACUACGCAAUAAUGAAAGAAAGCCAUUUUUGUUUUCCUGCUUUACAUUGGAAUUUUCAGUUUUUGAGAAAGAAUCAGGUAUUCCAUGUCUUGAAUCUAAAAGAAACAUUUUCACCUCAAAUGUAUAAAACUGCUUUCCCUUCAACAGUUUUCAUCUUAGAUUUGUGAGAAAAAUUAAAGACUUUAAACGGAACUCUAGUUCAUUUU